AUGAGACUUGAUUUGAAAAAGUUGAUAAAAUUUGUUGGUCCAGGCCUUCUUGUAUCAUGUGCCUACAUUGAUCCAGGUAACUAUUCUACAUCGACGGCUGCUGGAGCACAAUUCCAUUUUUCACAUUUGUUUUUUAUACUCAUUUCCAAUGUUUUUGCUGUUAUAUUGCAAUGUUUAUGCAUAAAGUUGGGAACUGUGACGGGCCUUGAUUUAUCCGAGAAUUGCAGAAAACAUCUCCCUAACUGGCUCAAUAGGUUGAAUUAUAUUUUAGCAGAAAUCGCCGUUAUUUUCACGGACUUAGCUGAGGUUGUCGGUACAGCUAUUGCACUAAAUAUACUGUUCAACAUUCCCCUAAAAAUUGGAGUACUUUUGACAAUUCUUGAUGUGUUAGUCAUUAUCUUUGCGUAUAAUCCAGAUAAAUCACUGAAGCAUAUCCGUAAGUUUGAGAUUUUUGUUUCAAUGCUAGUGAUACUCACAUUUGUGUGCUUUGUUGCCUUGGUUGCAAAAGUAGAUAUCGGAUCUAAACGUGAUGUUAUAAAAGGAUUUCUACCUUCUAAAAUUCUUUUUCAAAACAAGAAUGCAAUAUACCUUGGGUUAGGUAUAGUUGGUGCCACAGUCAUGCCCCAUUCUCUUUAUCUUGGUUCAAACUUAGUUAAACCAAGGUUGAAAGAGUUCGAUAUUAAUUCGGGCUCAUGCAGUUUUGAAGAACAUGAAAAUGGUGAAGUUUAUCACAAACCUUCCUUGAAUGCAAUCCACUAUUGUUUGAAUUAUUCAUAUAUUGAGCUUAUCUUAUCACUCUGCAUAAUUGCUGUAUUUAUCAAUUCAUCAAUUUUAGUUGUAUCUGCUGCAUCUUUGUUUGGAAAGCCAGGGGCUGAGGAUGCUGAUUUAAUUUCUAUAUACGAUAUGUUAUGCCAUUAUAUUUCCAAGCAAGCAGGACUGAUUUUUGCCUUAGCCAUGUUUUUCUCUUCAAUAGCUGCUGGUAUUAUUUGUACUAUGUCAGGAAUGGUUAUAGCAGAAGGAAGUAUCCAUUGGAAGUUGAAUCCAUUUAUAAGGAGAAUAAUUACAAGGUCUAUCAGUAUCAUCCCAUGUUUAUUUAUGGCGAUAUUUUCUGAUAGAUCAGGAGUUGCAAUGAUAUUAAACUUGUCGCAAGUUGUUCUUUCAUUAAUAUUACCAUUUGUAACAGCGCCAUUACUAUAUUUUACGGCAAGUAGUUCAAUCAUGUCAGUCAAAGUAAUAAACGACGAACAGUCUCAUCCUGCGAACGAAACCACCGCAUUGGUUUCAAAUAAUGAUCAAAUUAAAAUGAAAGACUUCUCCAAUUCAUUGGUCAUGAACAUACUAGGGAUUUCAUCAUGGGCACUUAUUGGAUUUUUAAAUAUAUAUCUUAUUAUCCAGUGGAUUAGGGGUGAAGAUAUCCACUUUUAG